UUAAUCGAUUAGUCAAAAGUCGGCUUCGGCUUUAGAUCCCAAGUUGUGUCUAGGUCUAGAAAAGCAAGAAAUCUCAAUUAAAUUUCAAUACCUGGUAAAUGCUUACAAGUUUUUAUAAAUUAAACUGUCCACUUUGCUGUUUUUGACUUGAGUGAGAAAAUGUCAGAAUCCGAAGCAGCCGUAGUAAAGCCAGCUGCCAAAUCGAGCAGCAUAAGUGAUUUGCGGCAGUUUCGGAUAAAUAAAGCAGCAGGAACUGGACAAAAGAAAACAGAACGUGUUCCUGGGAAGAAACGUAUACAAGUAAUGGCCGACAGCGAUAGCGAUAGCACUGAUAUGGGCAAUUCUCCCAAGAAAACCAAAAUCGAGCUGAGUGUAAAGGAGAGAGAGGAGCGUUUUUUGGCAGCCGCUAAAAUGUCCACGGAAUAUGAUACAAUGGACAUACAAGAUGCAUUGGUAAGAUGCAGCUGGAGCGUUUCAGACGCAGUGGCAUAUCUUAGAGAGAAAUGUGCUCCCAAAUUGAUUGCUUCUAACAAAAUUGUCCCAAAUGCUAUGGCAAAUGAUACAAAGCCAGCUUCAAAUAAGCAGGUUUCCACAACAAAUGGAAGCACUAAACAUGCGACUAAACAAAAGAAAUCCAAUCAUUCCGAAUCAGAAGCAGACGAUUCUGGUGAUGAGGCUUAUGCUAAGGAUCAAGUGUACGAUAGUGAGGACAGUGAUACAGAGGGCUCUAAAGAAAUGACGGGCCAACGUAAAAAAGUAUUUGAGUUUAUGAAUACCGCCUCGUUGAUAGAAUUACAGACUGUGAAGUCACUGUCCGAGAAGAAAGCCAGUAUAAUAGUCGACAUGAGGCCUUUCAAGGAUUGGACUGAUCUUCGCCAAAAGCUGGUCUCGAACAAAGCAUUGUCCGCUGAGUUGUUAAAUAAUGCACAGGAAUUGAUAAACAAGCAAAAUAAUGUUGCGACUAUUUUAGCGAAAUGCAACAAACUAGUGCAGAGGUUGGAAGCUGCAAUUGAGGCCGGUGCAGGCAUUGUGGAACAGCCGAAAAUACUAAACGACAAAUUCAAGCUGGCUGACUAUCAAUUAAUCGGGCUCAAUUGGCUUACGGUGAUGAAUAAACAACAAAUGAACGGGAUUUUGGCGGAUGAAAUGGGUCUGGGAAAGACAAUACAGGUUAUAGCAUUUUUGGCGUAUCUUAAGGAAAAUAAACUAUCAAAGGCAGCUCAUUUGAUUGUUGUGCCCUCUUCCACGUUAGACAAUUGGGCUGCUGAAAUCGCCAGGUGGUGCCCAAGUUUAAUUGUGGAAAAGUACCAUGGUUCCCAAGAAGAAAGAAGGCGUAUGCGAAUACGAUUCGCUAAGGAAGGAUUCACUGGUUUCGACGUACUCCUAACUACCUAUCAUAUUGUCGCUAGUACUCCUGAAGAACGCAAAAUGUUCCGCGUUAGUAAAUUGCACUAUGUAAUUUUUGACGAGGCUCACAUGUUAAAAAAUAUGACAACGCAACGAUAUGCCAAUUUGAUUAAUAUAAAUGCUGAAAUGCGUAUUUUACUCACAGGCACACCGCUUCAAAAUAAUCUACUUGAGCUGAUGUCGCUGCUUUGCUUUGUCAUGCCUAGCUUUUUCGGAAAAAAUGUGGAGGACAUCAAAAGUUUGUUCGCUAAGAAAAAUAAAGUCGAAAAUGGCAAUGAGGAAAUGUCCCAAUUUCAGGAGACACAGGUGGAAAGAGCCAAACGUAUAAUGAAACCUUUUGUUCUGCGUCGCUUAAAGAAAGAUGUAUUAAACCAUUUGCCAAAAAAACACACGUACAUUAAUAAAAUUUGUAUGACAGAAACUCAAAAGCGGUAUUACAACGAUUUGGUGGAGUACUAUUCAAAUAAUCGUGGGGAAAUUUGCACCGGUGACCGUGCUGGAGUUUCAAUCAUGAUGGAAAUGCGGAAACUUGCCAAUCAUCCUUUAUUGGGCCGCUAUUAUUUCAGUGACGACAAACUGAGGGAAUUCUCUAAACGCUUGGCUACUGUUGCGACAUAUAAGAAAACAAAUCCGCAGUAUAUUUUUGAAGAAAUGGCAGUAAUGUCCGAUUUCCAAGUAUGGCAGUUGUGUAAUAAACACGAACUCUUUGAUGUCACAAUACCUGAUAGACUUAUAUGUGAGUCUGGUAAAUUUAAGUAUUUAGAUACUCUCUUGCCCAAAUUGAAGCAGGAGGGUCAUCGCGUACUCAUAUUCAGCCAGUUUACAAUGAUGCUCGACAUCGUUGAACGAUAUUUGGAUAUACGCAAACAUGGCUACUUCCGCCUUGACGGCUCCACAGCCGUGGAGGAGCGGCAAGAUAUGAUCAAUGACUUUAACACAGAUUCGGACAUAUUUAUAUUCCUUUUGUCUACAAAAGCAGGUGGUGUUGGUAUCAAUCUAACGGCUGCCGACACAUGUGUAAUCCAUGACAUCGACUUUAAUCCCUACAACGAUAAGCAAGCCGAGGAUCGUUGCCACCGCAUGGGUCAAACGAGGCAGGUUAGCAUUUAUCGUUUAAUAUCGGAAGGCACCAUCGAGGAAGGUAUGUUGAUGGUAGCCGAGGAGAAACUUAAAUUGGAACAAGAUAUCACUGCAUCGAACGAGAAAGGUGAAGUUCAGGAAACAAAAUGCGUUGUGAGGCUCCUAACUAUGGCUCUUGGCCUGGACAAGGAGGAGGAAGAGCUUCUCAACAAGUCCAUCAACAAUUCGUUAUCGUCACCUUCCAAGUAAACUCUAAUACUAAACAUUUGUAUUGCUAACGAAGUCCACUACCUUUCAAAUGUCUUUAUUGUUUAUUAAUUUAUUGGUACAAAUUGAAAUCCGCCACGAUCCUUCUCAUUGCACUUGUGUUGAUCCGUUUACAAAAACGUCAUUUUGUUGUCGAUUUUUAAUCUUUUCCUAAGCUGGCUGUAGUGCUGUGUGUGCAUUCUAAUAGUUUUCACAAUUCACAUAAUAUGUUGGUAUUGUAAUUUU